AUGGCGUCUCGAAUCCCUCAGUCCCUAAUAGCCUCCGCGACUCAAAAUUCCCUCGUCCCCAUCCUCUAUCAGACUAGCACGCUCUCGACGGUGCCAUGGCGCUAUCCCACUCGAAUGACACUGAAACUGCGAGUACAUCCUUGGUUACAAUCUCCCUUUUCUACGUCAAGGUCCCCGGGAGAUGAGUCUGCCCGAGACGCAGCGCUAACCGCCACCGAUUCGCCCGGAGAUGCCUCUAAUCCUACCACCACAGGCCCAGAGCAGGAAUCGCCGAUAGCUACUGCAAGAGAAGAAGACCAUAUUUCCCGUUCCUCGAAAAGCUACAUACGACGUCGUGCAGAGUCAGUAUCACACCGCACUGUUUCUAAGAAGCAACCACCGAAGCCUCUAAGAACCAUGACACAGUCAGAGAAGAGGGUGUUUGGUGAACUCUUGCAGAAGCUGGGAGACAGUCCGUCUUUGAACCAGCAGCCGCCACAGAAGCAGCAACUGCCUUUCCAUUUAGCAGACAUACUGGACCCGCAAGAAUCGGGAGAGUAUGCACAGAAGCAAGAUGGACCAGGCGAAUACGACUCUGAGAUAUCAUCCAUAUUUGAAACAGCGGUCCAGGAGACUCGCGGGAAAGAGCUCCUGUUACAGCAGCAACAGACAGGACUCUUUGGCGUGGAUGGGAAGUCCUUGUCGAAGUCAGAGAGCCCGAAACCCCUCUCGGAGGCCGAGGGUCGACGGCUUCUCAAGAUCCAGGACCGCCUCCGCAGAUUCAAGUACAGUGACGUUGAUAUUUCCGAAAAUAAUACUGGCGAUAAAAUGCCCAUGGAGACAGCUAUAAAGGUGGUAGUCCAGCGCGAGGUUGCUAGGAUCGAAUCCGCGCUUCUCGCCGCGAUAGACAGUGGCAUGGGAGACGCUGGCAUUUGGGACGUUUGCGAGAAGCAGAUCUUCUCGAUGCCGGCGUACCUAGAAAGCAGCAGCAACAUGGAGGGAGACGGAGAGGAAGAUUACAAACUGAAGAGCCAUCUCACCCCAGAGCAGGAGGUGACGAUGUCUCAACUUUCAACGACACCGGCGGAAGAAGCAGAAGAGAAAUACCAGGAAGAAAAAGAAAAAGAAGAAACUGCAUCCACGCCCGACCUAGAAAUCCCCCCAUUCAUUCCCACCAAACCCGUCAUAAAUGCCCUCUACCCAAAGACACUAUUCAUCGCCUUCCGUCUCCUCUCCUCCCACUUCCCAUCAUCCCCCCUGAUAGAGCGAUUCCGUGCCACGAUCCGCUUACAAGGUCGGAUGUCCUCCAUCGUUGGAUCCUCAACAAGCCUCUACAACGAACUCAUCAACUUGUCCUGGCGCGACUGCGGCAACCUGCACAAUGUCAUUUCGCUUCUCCACAAAAUGGAAGUCACGGGCGUCGAAGCGGACGAGAAGACCAUGGCUCUGCUGCAUGGGAUUGUUCGGCAGCGCGAGUCAGAUGUCAGGGCCUUUCGGAGACAGAGGAAGGACCCGGAAGCUCUUGGUGCUCAACGAACGCUUUGGUGGGAUACCGGUCCGAAUCGGAGGUCAUUUCGCGAAUUAGCUGGGCCUGGGGGGUGGAUAGAGAGGUUGGAGGAGAGGAUGCGGAGGAAGAAGCUGCGGGUCAUGGUUGAGAGUGUGAGUCGGUCUGAUCCCACUGUAUAA